CUUAAAGAAACAGACCUUGUCGCGGGAAAAGCUUUACCAGUCGUACCGAACAAGACUUUCCUGGACUCCGUUAUGGCACAUCAGCUGCGCGAAACUUCUACUGGCGAGAUUAUAAUCUUGCCCAACUACCCUGACGUCGUCCGCCGCAUCGCGAAUAUCUAUUCAAGCCCAACAUUCGCCGAACAAGGAGUACUUGUCACGGGCCAACCAGGAAUUGGUAUCUGGUCCAUAUCUAUAUUUACAUGGAUCUGAAUGGAUCCAUUUUCAACAGGGAAAAGCGUGUUGCUGAGUUACCUGCUUCUUGUACUCUUGAACCUGACGUCCGAGGAACAUCCCCAGCUACGCCUGAGGGCCGCUCCCGUCUUUUUGUACACCAACACCGACAAAAUUCUCUUUUUUGGUGGUCACAUCUACUCCCCCAAAGCACAUGUACAUUUCACACCCCAGAUGCUUCCCGAACCCAGGUCUUCCGAAUUGACAGAAGGUCCUGACGGUGCUCGCGGACCGUGGGUGAUGAAGAAAUCGUACAUAUGGGUCUUGUUAGAUUUGGAUCAUGAUACUAAAGAGCCUGAGGGUUUAGUAGACGUAGGACAUAUCUUCAUCGUCCAAUCGUCCUCGCCCAAUCCAUCGCGGUACCACUACUGGGUUAUCGUAAUUGGCCUUCCGCUUUGGAGCCGUGAGCUACUUAUUCAGGGUUGGAAAUACCAGCACGCCCGGAGGAGACUUGACGCUAGUCUCAACCACUGGGUCAAAAAGCAGAGGGUUGCAAGAGGACUUAGUACGGCUGAGGAUGAAGGCAUUGCGGAUACGGACCUUCUGGAUGUUGGGGAUAUGAGUCUUUCAGGCUUGAGUGGCUUCCAAAAGGAGAUGUUCCUUGAGCUUCCCCAACAGCACCGGACCACGUUGGAGGUUGCGGAGGUGUCAGAUGCUGAACUGCAAAGCCCAGACGUUCUUGAACUGAUUAUGGAGAAACUCUUGAAUAGCGCCAUCGAGCAUUUUGGCUAUGCGGCACGAGAUAUCUACACUUAUCUCCUAAACCCUGCCAUUGUAUUAUCCGUGCACGAUGAUACAUACCUGCCAUAGAAACAUGCAGUGACCUUCCUCAACACCUACCUCGCAACUGGACGAGCUUUGAUGAUGGAAGGCGAGACAACUCAAGGGACCGGUCGGUUGUCGCAUCGCAUCUGCGCACUGAAGUUAAAUUUAUUCCAAAGCUACCACUUUCGCAGCUAACAUCUACGAAUCGUACGUGCAUAAAGUCCUCUCGACCCCUGGCUCGAUUUCCGGCUCGCCCUCGGAUUUGCC